AUGCAAGCGGCGAUCGCGCUGUGCCAUUUCUGCGAGACGCACGGGCCGAGAGUUGUCAUUACAUGCCAACCGAUACGGGAUGCCUCGAACUCGCAAAUUUUCCCCGAAAACUCGGAUCGAGGCCUUCAUUCUCCAUGCGAGCCGAGCACGAGUGGAGCCACGUCGCCGACCGAGCCCCCGAAAUACUACGGUGACAACUUGACGGUUGUCGAGGAUCCCGAUGCCCGUUGUGAUGCGUGUACAUCAUUAGGAACGACUAGUUAUCUCCUCUCAAAUGAUCAUUUAACGAGGACGAGUUAUAUCAGCUCACAGGUGGCAUUCAGCGAGAUCGUGCUCGAUAGAAUACGCACAUCUUGUCUUCGCUCGUUGAGUUAUGAAAUAUCGAUACCCCAGCUCUCCUUAACUCAAAAGGGACCGUUGAAAGAUGUAAACGCUUCUUCAUCAAAAACGAGCAAUGAUCAAAAUGAGGAUGGAAAAGACGAUGGAAACAUUUUCUAUGGUGAUUCUGAGCACGGGUACACGUUUGCGCUCACAUUUCGAAUACCGGACACAAAAGCGCGAGGUCUCCAAAGGCUUUACUCCCUUCUUGUCGUCUCAAAUGAUCCCACUUUUUUGCUCAACAGUCACGAUUUCUUUCUGCAAGCUCUUCGAUCGAUCAAGGAUAAAUUACGGUCUCUGGCCAUGGAAACGUUUCGACGGGAGAACCAACAAAUGCGUGAAGCCGAGGAGCCGUUAAGACCCGAGAAUGCAUCGAGAAUCAGUCGAUUACCGCCAAAUCUCAUCUCAAGAAGGAUAAGUCUCGAUACAAAACGAACAUUACAAACGAUCACCGGAGACGAGGAGAUCUGGAUUCGACUGCAUCGG